AUGCGAGGACGCAUGCGCAAGGAGAUUGCAAUGCUGGAGAGCGACCCACCAUUCGGUGUCAGCGCGUGGCCAAAAGACGACCAGAUCGACCACCUGGAAGCGCAAAUUCUUGGUCCGGAUGGGUCUCCGUAUGAGAAGGGGGUGUUUCAGCUGGAGAUCGAAAUCCCAGAACGGUACCCAUUUGAGCCGCCGAAGGGUUCUUGGCUGCCAUCGGUCAAUAUUAGUACGCUGCUGACGACGAUUCGUCUGCUCAUGGGGGAGCCGAAUGCAGAUGACGGGCUGAUGCCGGAGAUCGCCGACACUUUUAAGCACAAUCGCGAGCUGUUUAACAGAAAAGCAACCGAGAUGACUGUGCAGCAUGCACGCAAUGCACCAAUUCGCCAACCAAAGCCUUCAGUUAAGACGACAACUGCUGUGUCUGGAGGAGACCAAAUGGAAAGCGAAGAAAAAGAUCCUCCUACUCAGGAUACGCAGGCUGCGGAAGUUCCGUCAGAGCCGAGAGAUUCGGUAUCCUCAGACGAUUCGUUCAGCGACGGCGACUCCUCUAGCGAAGAAAAGGAUGAUGAUACUGCAGACACGGAAGCUUGGGAUCCCGAUCCACCCACAAAGCGAAGACGUCAAGAGUAG